CGCCGCCACCUCGGCCUCGGCUGCAGCAGCGACUCCAGUAGCAUGUCUCGUAGGAAGAUCUCAUCAGAGUCCUUCAGCUCUCUGGGUUCUGACUACCUGGAAACCAGCCCAGAGGAGGAAGGGGAGUGCCCCCUGUCCAAGCUCUGCUGGAAUGGCAGCCGGAGCCCACCAGGGCCACCCGGCUCCAGAGCGGCUGCCACAGCUGCCACCCAGGUCCCCGCUGCCUCUGCCGCCUCCGCGGCCACAGCUGAUGCCGCCGCCGGUUCCAAGAAGGCGCAGCGCCGCCGGAGGGUCAACUUGGACUCCCUAGGCGAGAGCAUCAGCCUCCUGACAGCGCCCUCGCCUCAGACUAUACAACUGACUCUCAAGAGGACAUUGCAGUAUUAUGAACAUCAAGUUAUCAGUUAUAGGGAUGCAGAGAAGAAUUUCCACAAUAUCUCUAACAGAUGCUCCUAUGCAGACUAUUCCAACAAAGAGGAGAUUGAAGAUGUCUCAGGAAUUCUUCAGUGUACUGCUAAUGUACUCGGUCUGAAGUUCCAGGAAAUUCAAGAAAGAUUUGGUGAGGAAUUCUUUAAGAUAUGCUUUGAUGAGAAUGAGAGAGUCCUUCGAGCUGUGGGUAGUACAUUGCAGGACUUCUUCAAUGGCUUUGAUGCAUUGUUGGAACACAUUAGAACUUCUUUUGGGAAACAGGCAACUCUGGAGUCUCCAUCUUUCCUAUGCAAAGAGCUCCCUGAAGGUACUCUCAUGCUACACUACUUUCAUCCCCACCAUACUGUGGGGUUUGCAAUGCUGGGAAUGAUUAAGGCUGCAGGAAAGAGAAUCUAUCAUUUGAAUGUGGAAGUGGAGCAAAUUGAAAAUGAAAAUUUGUGUUCUGAUGGCUCAAGCCCAAGCAAUUGUAGCUGUCUUUCUUUCCUUAUCAAAGAAUCUGAAACUCUUAACGUCACACAGAAUAUUCCACGGGGUACUUCCCAAGUUCCUGCAGAUCUCAGAAUCAGUAUCAACACCUUCUGCAGAGCCUUCCCAUUCCAUUUGAUGUUUGACCCCACCAUGGCAGUUCUUCAGCUCGGGGAAGGCCUACGGAAGCAGCUUCGAUGUGACACUCACAAAAUGCUGAAGUUUGAGGACUGCUUUGAGAUAGUCUCUCCAAAGGUUAAUGCCACCUUUGAAAGGGUCUUGCUGCGACUAUCUACCCCGUUCGUGAUAAGGACCAAGCCUGAAGCUUCUGGUACUGAGAAUAAAGACAAGGUGAUGGAAAUCAAAGGACAAAUGAUCCAUGUCCCAGAAUCAAAUGCCAUUUUGUUUUUGGGCUCUCCAUGUGUGGACAAGUUAGAUGAACUCAUGGGCCGAGGACUACAUCUCUCAGACAUCCCUAUUCAUGAUGCUACCCGAGAUGUCAUUUUAGUUGGAGAGCAAGCAAAGGCCCAAGAUGGCUUAAAGAAGAGGAUGGAUAAAUUAAAGGCCACCUUAGAAAGAACUCACCAGGCCCUGGAAGAAGAGAAGAAGAAGACUGUGGAUCUGCUAUAUUCCAUUUUCCCCGGUGAUGUAGCCCAGCAGUUGUGGCAAGGACAGCAAGUGCAGGCUAGAAAGUUUGAUGAUGUCACCAUGCUCUUUUCAGACAUUGUGGGCUUCACAGCCAUAUGUGCCCAGUGUACUCCCAUGCAAGUAAUCAGCAUGCUCAAUGAACUCUACACAAGAUUUGAUCACCAGUGUGGAUUUUUGGAUAUUUACAAGGUGGAAACAAUAGGGGACGCAUACUGUGUUGCAGCAGGGCUGCAUAGAAAAAGCCUAUGCCAUGCCAAACCCAUUGCUCUGAUGGCCUUAAAGAUGAUGGAACUUUCAGAAGAGGUCCUGACUCCUGAUGGAAGACCCAUUCAGAUGCGGAUAGGCAUUCACUCAGGAUCUGUGCUAGCUGGUGUGGUUGGAGUGAGAAUGCCAAGAUACUGUCUUUUUGGAAAUAAUGUUACUCUUGCAAGCAAAUUUGAAUCUGGAAGUCAUCCUCGGCGCAUCAAUGUCAGCCCAACUACUUACCAAUUAUUAAAAAGAGAGGACAGUUUCACAUUUAUUCCUCGUUCUCGUGAAGAACUUCCAGACAACUUUCCAAAGGAAAUACCUGGGGUCUGCUACUUCCUGGAGGUCAGGACCGGUCCCAAGCCUCCAAAGCCUUCACUGUCUUCAUCAAGAAUUAAAAAGGUUUCCUACAAUAUCGGCACCAUGUUCCUCCGGGAGACAAGCCUGUGAGACCUGCUGAGGAUCAAAGACUCCUCCAAAAAGCACAAGCCCAGAACAUGGGUCUCAAGAGGGGAGGAAGACAUUGCUUCUCUUCCAAUGCUCUGUAAGAACAUAUAGUUUCUGUUCAAUGUCAUGCAAUAAUCAUCGAAAUGGUGAAUAACUGCUGCCAAACAAAGAA